GAAUUCUGUGCCCAGCCCUGUUGGAUCCUGGGUACAGACCCUCGGUAGAGGGGGAACACCAGGGAAGCAUGGUAGACAGACACAAACAACAGCAGACGUUCGAUCCCAUCUCUCAUCUCUUCAUCUUCCAUUCUUGCUUCAUCCCCAUUCAACCUCCACUCUUUCUUUUGAAAACAGUAAAUAAAAUGUCGUCCUCUGAUACCACAGAUACAGCCAAAGGAAAGCCCAUGGUGCUCAUUGUGGGCGCUGGUCUAGCUGGCCUGUUGAUGGGCACUCUGCUCGAGCGUAUGAAUGUACCAUACACUAUCUUUGAGAGGGCCUCCGCGAUCAAAGCUCUUGGGUCGGUGAUGACCCUUGGUGCAAACAUUCUCCCAGUCUUUGAACAGCUGGGGAUCCUAGAAGACCUCAAGAAGAUCGCAUUGCCAGCCACUUCAAUCGACAUGUAUAACGUUGAAAUGAAAAAGAUAGGCUCCGUUGGCAUGAAAGGCCGAAAAGAGAUUACUGGCUACGAGGAUUACACCUUCCCGAGACCCAGACUCUAUGAGAUCCUACUCAAGCAGAUUCCUACGCACAAGGUCCUCAUGGGUAAAAAAGUCCUCAAGAUUGACGAGAAGGACAAUCAGGCCCGUAUUCACUGCGCCGACAAGACCAUCUACGUGGGAGACAUCCUGAUUGGGGCCGACGGUAUCCAUAGUGGUGUGCGUCAGAGCAUGUUCAAGCACCUCAACCAAGAAGGUUUGCUCCCUACAUCCGAUACUGAAGAUUACUCGAUCGGCUUUACUCUGGUCACUGGUGUCGCUACACCUAAAGAUCCAUCGAAAUAUCCCCAGCUCAAGGACCCAUUCAUUCACUUUUCUACAAUCCUCGGUGGAAAUCUCCGUGCUUGGAGUGCGAAUAACGCCCCCGAUAACCAAAUAUGCUGGGGGUUCGUAACGCAGUUCGCAAGUGUAGAGGAGGCCAGAAAACAACAAUUUCGGAACUCGGAAUGGGGCGCUGAGACGAGCGACGCAUACAUCAAGGAGUUUUAUGAUCUCCCGUGUCCCUUUGGCGGCAUCAUGGGCGACCUGGUGGACGAUACCCCUCAUGAACUCAUCUCGAAAGUCUUUGUUGAAGAAAAGCUCUUCGAUACAUGGUACUAUGGCUGCACAGUUCUGAUCGGUGACUCCUGCCACAAGAUGCUGCCGGGCGGUGGACAGGGCGCCGUGAAUGCCAUGCAGGACGCCGUUGUCCUGGCGAACUGCCUAUAUGACCUUGUCGAUAUCACACCCCAGAGUAUUACUGCAGCAUUCCAGGAUUACUAUGACCAGCGCUACCCUCGUGCAAAGGCCAUGCUGGAGAAUAGCAAGAUGAUGUCCAAAAUUUCCAUCGGCCAGACGUUCUGGCAGCGAGUGGCGCGACAUGUGCUGUUCAAUUACAUGCCGGAGUCGACUAUGCAGCAUAUCUAUGCCAAAAAGUCGGCAUAUCGGCCCCAAAUCAACUGGAUGCCCUUUGUAGAGAAUCGAGGAACUGGACCUGUUCUUCCCCAAAAGCUGUCGAGACGAUAUACGGAGGAACUUUCUACAACGGGUACUGUCGUCUAAUUGUGUUCUGUCUUUCAUAUCGUGAUGGCAUACCCUUGUAGACAUCGAGAAUAAAUAAAUAAAGGAUCGUCCUGUACAUGUGCAUAAACUAUGAAGAAACCCAAGCAUGUCCCCAUUUGGAUCAGAUAUCUUGUCAUCCGCCUCAACCUGAG